AUGUUAGCUGGAACUACCGGGAUAUGGAUGUGUGAACUUCCAACAUUGUCCAAGGAAGAGUACAUCACUGAGCACACCUGGGCUGCUCAGUGGCCAGGUAUGGAGCAGAGGUCUUUUCUCUACCCUGCGGGGCAUAGUGAAGCACAGCAUUGGCAGGAGAAAUUACGAGAGACUUUGGUGAGCAUGGGAGAAAAUGCGAGCUCCGAGAAUUCGCCUUUCCUUUCUUCCUGGGACUGGAAGAGCAACGCAGGAACUGUGGUGCUGCGGCAGUGUCCAUCCCCUGAGAGCCUGUCUCCGUCUCCUUCCUUUGAAUCUUACUCAUCCUCUCCUUGUCCGGUUGUUGUGGAGGUCCCCUGCGCCAACAGCAGCAGCAGCAGCAGCAGGAGUGACAGCAGCAAUAGCUUGAUGGGGUAUACCCUGGUGGAGUUUCCUUCCAUCUAUCUACCAAACCCUGGGCAGGGCAAGGGCCAGAAAGGUCCCAAGGUCAGGAUGUCGGCCCAGCGCAGGAGAAAAGCCAGCGAAAGGGAGAAGCUGAGGAUGAGGGCCCUGGCGGAGGCGCUUCACACUCUGCGCAACUAUCUGCCUCCUGUCUACAGCCAAAGAGGGCAGCCUCUCACCAAGAUACAGACGCUGAAGUGCACCAUCAAGUACAUCGGCGAGCUCACAGACCUGCUGAACAGCGUCAAACAGGCACAAAUGCCCUGA